GGCGGCGCAGCGAGCGGGGAGCCCCCGCCCGGCCCGGCCCGGCCCCCUUCUUCCCCUCAGCCGCCAACAACUUGGCGGCUUCGAGCCUCAGCGGGCGGCUGCGCCCUCCUCGUCCUCCGUCCUUCCUCCCCGCGGGGGUCCCCGGGCAGGGCGAGGGGCCGUGGCGAGGCCCCGGGGAAGCGGCUCGGUGCCCUCUCCUCGCCGGCAUGAUGGCGGCCCUCCCCGCCGGGGCGCGGGCUCCAAGUUUCUGGGUUCUCAGCCUCUAGCACAAUGAGACAGUCACAUCCAUCACGGGGGAAUGUCAGCAUUGCCAUCCCGGGACGGGAGGACUGAAAAGGCAAAAGGACCAGAAUUAUUUGGGGCAGACUGCUUUUGACUACUGAUACAAUCUGCUGGGUGGUGGUGGUGGAAGAACAGGACGGUCUUUCCUUCUUGGUCUGCGGUGUCUAGUGUGACCAAGCGGGGUCACCAUGAACGUGACAAGCUUAUUCUCCUUCACCAGCCCAGCGGUGAAGAGGCUGUUGGGAUGGAAGCAGGGGGAUGAAGAAGAAAAAUGGGCAGAGAAAGCUGUUGAUGCAUUAGUGAAAAAACUGAAGAAGAAAAAAGGUGCUAUGGAAGAGCUGGAGAAAGCGUUAAGCUGUCCUGGUCAGCCCAGCAACUGUGUCACAAUUCCUCGUUCCUUGGACGGCAGGCUUCAGGUUUCACACCGGAAAGGGCUGCCACAUGUAAUUUACUGCAGAGUGUGGCGCUGGCCAGACCUGCAGAGCCAUCAUGAACUGAAACCACUGGAAUGCUGCGAGUUUCCCUUCGGUUCAAAACAGAAGGAGGUUUGCAUCAAUCCCUACCACUACAAGCGGGUAGAGAGCCCUGUUCUUCCUCCAGUGCUGGUCCCAAGGCACAGUGAGUACAACCCUCAGCACAGCCUCUUGGCUCAGUUCCGCAACUUAGGACAAAAUGAGCCCCACAUGCCGCACAACGCUACUUUCCCGGACUCUUUUCAGCAACCCAACAGUCACCCAUUCCCCCACUCGCCAAACAGCAGCUAUCCAAACUCGCCUGGAAGCAGCAGCAGCACCUACCCCCAUUCUCCAGCCAGCUCAGACCCAGGAAGUCCUUUCCAGAUGCCAGCUGAUACUCCCCCUCCUGCUUACCUGCCUCCGGAAGAUCAGAUGACACACGAUACCUCCCAGCCAAUGGACACCAACAUGAUGGCACCUGCAAUCCAUCCUGAUAUACACAGAGGAGAUGUUCAGGCAGUGGCUUACGAAGAGCCAAAGCACUGGUGCUCCAUUGUCUAUUACGAGCUGAAUAAUCGUGUUGGGGAGGCAUUCCAUGCUUCUUCCACCAGCAUCCUGGUGGAUGGCUUCACUGAUCCUUCAAACAACAAAAACAGAUUUUGCCUGGGGCUGCUCUCCAAUGUUAACCGCAAUUCCACCAUUGAGAAUACGAGGCGACACAUUGGCAAAGGUGUUCAUCUCUAUUAUGUUGGUGGAGAAGUGUAUGCCGAAUGCCUCAGUGACAGCAGUAUUUUUGUGCAAAGUCGGAACUGCAACUACCAUCACGGUUUCCAUCCGACCACAGUGUGCAAAAUACCUAGUGGCUGCAGUUUGAAGAUUUUCAAUAAUCAAGAGUUUGCUCAGCUUUUGGCACAGUCAGUGAACCAUGGCUUUGAGACAGUGUAUGAGCUUACUAAGAUGUGCACUCUCCGUAUGAGUUUUGUAAAGGGCUGGGGAGCUGAAUAUCAUCGCCAAGAUGUAACGAGCACUCCAUGCUGGAUAGAGAUACACCUUCAUGGUCCCCUUCAGUGGCUGGAUAAAGUACUUACUCAGAUGGGCUCUCCUCAUAAUCCUAUUUCUUCAGUGUCUUAAAGGUCCCGAGCUCCUGCAUUUUGGAAACAAUUGAGCCUUGCAUGUACUUGAAGGAUGUAUGAGUCAGACACACACUUUCCCCUCUGCCCCUGAACUGGCAACAGCUGAAUAAGAGCCAUGAGAAUACUUGACUUCUGUGACCAACUGUUGGAUUCAAAAAAAACAAAACAAAAAAAAAACAUAACCCUUUGACAUACUGUUGGUGUCUGUCAAUAAUUUUAGUUUACAUUGUAAUAUUCUAUUGCAAAGUUGAUUUGUAGGGCUUAGCAUAAGGGGACAACCGAGCCCAAACCAUAGUCUGUCGGAGCAAGUUCCCGAAGGAUCAUCCUGUAGUUGGCACGCUGAGAUUCUUUCUUCCUUACGUCCAUUGCUCACUUUUUUUUUUUUACAUUGUCCUCUGGGGCUAAGAGCCAAUGUUGGUGAAGUCUGCCUUUUGCAGGAUUUCUGCAGUCCAUUAUAAAUCCAUUUGUCUAAGCUGAUAGUUGCUGUUCUCUUUAAAAGACAAAAAAGUCAUAUGGCUUAACCUCAAUAACUGUGUAAUAAUCUUGGAAAUUGUGUCCUGACCAUACUGCUGUAAGAAUGUUAGGUAUGUUUUUGCUAAAUGUAUGUACGGUGUAUUUGAAAGUUUAGAAAUUAAUUAGACUUAGACCAUAAAGGAGUUAGGAAUAUUUGAAUGGGGGGAGGUGGGAGUGGGAAGGGAAAUGACAACUGAAAUGUAGAAUAUAUUGUAAACAUAGCUUGUUAGUUUAAACUGAGGUCUGAGUUUUUGCUGUGCGUUUCAUUUUUAUAGUGGCUUCGUCUUGUUAAUUCUGACUAUUUUUGCCUCUUCCUUUUCCCCCCAAACAGUUGUGGAGCUGGUUAAUUCUUUUACCUGUGAAGAGGACAAAAUGACUAAUUCCUGCAGUUUGAAGGCUGCAGCUCUAUGUAUUUCAAGACAUAAUUGUACAGCGUGCUCUUUAACUAUUGAGCAGUUUUAUACAGUGUAUGUAACAGAAGUAGGCUUUUAAUUUUGUAAGAGAAUCUUGUUUUGCCAAACAUAGUAAUUGUUAAUUGUUUGGAGGACUUCAAAAUCCCUGUGUGGGUCUAUUUCAAACUUUUUAAAAAUAUAUAUUUUUAAUUUUUAUUUUUUUUACUGCUUGGUUUAUUUUUUUCUUUGAUCUUUUAUAUUCACAUAAGCUGUAGUACUUUAAGUACCUUUAUUCCAAAUCUUAGUGGGUCCUCUUUACUGGAAGUUUUGAAUAAAACCUGUUGUUACUGCUUACAUUUGAUUAAAA